AUGUCCAAGUCCUUGCUAGUCGUCGCCUACUUUUACUUGCUCUCAUGCUGUCUUUCAGCAGUUGCGCGUGUAAUUCAAAAUGCCUCCAUUUUUUCAGCCAUGGCGGAAGUUCCUACCUUCAACGGCGCGUCCUCUUCCGUGAGCUCCGAUUGCAGCUUUUCUGAGCCGGCCCAAGAACGCGGUGCCUGUAAAAACAAAGACUUCCCGGUGAAAAAGCCACCCGUGGUCUUCAAUCUUAAGCACUCGUCCGCCGCCGGAAAAAAGAUCCAACCUUUGGAUUCUUUAACGGCGUCCGCCGCAAAAGACUCGACGAGAAUUCAAAGGCUCCACUCGAGAAUUGUUCAGAAGAUGCAGAAGAGCAGCAUUUCUGACAAGAACCCGAUAAUCCGGCCCGCCCCCUCGCCGGAAUAUUCCUCCGGCGGCCUCGACGGGCGCCUCGUGGCCACCUUGGAGUCCGGCGUCAGCCUCGGUUCCGGUGAGUACUUCAUGGACGUGUUCGUGGGCACCCCUCCCAGGCACUUCUCAUUGAUCCUCGACACGGGCAGCGACCUCAACUGGAUACAAUGCGUCCCUUGCCACGACUGCUUCGACCAAACGGGUCCUUACUACGACCCGAACGAGUCGAGCUCUUACCGAAACGUGGGCUGCCGGGACCCGCGCUGCGGGCUUGUUUCAUCCCCCGAGCCUCCUGUGGACUGCCGGGCCCAAAACCAGAGCUGCCCGUAUUACUACUGGUACGGGGACAGCUCCAACACGACGGGCGAUUUUGCGGUCGAGACUUUCACGGUGAACCUUACGGGCCGGGCCGGUGGGUUCGAGUCGUUCGGGCUCAGACGGGUCGAGAAUGUGAUGUUUGGGUGCGGCCAUUGGAACCGUGGGCUGUUUCAUGGGGCGGCGGGCCUGUUGGGCCUUGGGCGUGGGCCCCUCUCGUUCGCGUCCCAGCUCCAGUCGCUUUACGGGCACUCGUUUUCGUACUGUCUUGUGGACCGGAAUAGUAACUCGAGCGUUAGCAGCAAGUUGAUUUUCGGCGAGGAUAAAGAUUUGAUGGACAGCAAGGAAAUGAACUUUACGGGCCUAGUUGGCCCGAACGAGGGUCCAGGAGAAACGUUUUAUUAUGUGGGGAUAAAGUCGAUCGUGGUUGGAGGGGAGGUAUUGGAAAUUCCGAACGAGACGUGGGGUUUCUCGUCGGAGGGAGGUGGAGGAACGAUCGUGGACUCGGGGACUACGCUUACCUAUUUUGUGGAGCCGGCUUAUCGGGUCAUCAAGGAGGCAUUCGUGAAGAAGGUCUUGGGCUACCCGUUUGUGGAGGAUUUUCCGAUUUUGGGUCCUUGUUAUAAUGUGUCGGGCAUGAUAGGCACGGUUGAUCUGCCCACGUUCUCGAUUGUGUUUGGGGAUGGGGCGGUUUGGAGUUUCCCGGUCGAGAAUUAUUUCAUCAGGCUCGACCCGGAGGAUGUGUUGUGUUUGGCGAUUCUUGGGACUCCUCGUUCGGGCCUGUCGAUAAUCGGGAACUAUCAGCAGCAGAAUUUUCGUGUUGUGUACGACACGAAGCGCUCGAGGCUGGGUUUUGCGCCGGCUAGGUGUGCAAGUAUGUGA